CCCACCCUCCACACAGCACAACCCCCGUGAAGACGACCAAGUUAGCGACGUGUGUGUGCUGGUGUGUGUGUGUGUCACUCUGUGUGAGAGAUAACCAACCAACACUCGGUGUCAGGAUGCCUGCGUACGCCACCAACAUGAGGUUCAAGUUCCCCAUCUUGGCCUUGACUUUGGAGAUUAUCACCAUCAUUCUGUUUGCAGUGUUCUGCACCUACGAUGAUGGCAAAGGUCACGGACACGAUGCUGAGUCCAAUUCCACGGCGCACACAAAAAAGCCUAUGGACCUCUAUCCCAUGUUUCAAGACGUCCACGUCAUGAUCUUCAUCGGUUUCGGCUUCCUGAUGACCUUUCUGAAGAGAUAUGGGGUCAGCAGGGUAGGGGUCAACUUACUCCUGGCGGCCUUCGGCCUGCAGUGGGGCCUUUUGAUGCAAGGCCUGUGGCACAUGGAGGAUGGCAAGAUCAAGAUCAGCAUCUUCAAAAUCAUCAACGCUGACUUCAGCACAGCCACGGUCCUCAUCUCCUUUGGAGCUGUUCUUGGUAAAACCAGCCCUGUGCAGCUCCUCAUCAUGACCAUCCUGGAGAUCACCAUCUUCUCCAUCAACGAACAUCUGGUGGCUGAAAUUCUGAACGCUAACGACGUUGGUGCCUCCAUGAUCAUCCAUGCUUUUGGAGCCUACUUUGGUCUAUCCGUGGCUCGAGUUCUUUACCGCCCCGGUCUGCAAAAUGGACACGACAAUGAGGGAUCAGUUUACCACUCGGAUCUCUUUGCUAUGAUUGGAACCGUCUUCUUGUGGAUGUUCUGGCCCAGUUUCAACUCGGCCAUCGCCGACCCGGGCUUCCCUCAGCUCACUGCUGUGAUUAACACCUACCUCUCCUUGGCUACUUGUGUGCUCUCUGCCUACGCCAUCUCCAGCCUCGUCGAGCACAAAGGAAAACUGGACAUGGUCCACAUUCAAAAUGCUACUUUGGCCGGUGGUGUUGCCGUGGGAACAUGCGCUGACAUGAACAUUGAACCAUUUGGAGCCAUGCUGAUUGGAUUAGUGGCUGGCGUCAUCUCUACCCUCGGCUUCAAGUAUCUCACUCCAAUCUUGGCAUCCAACCUGGGCAUCCAGGAUACCUGCGGUGUCCACAAUCUGCAUGGCAUGCCUGGAAUCCUGGGCGGUUUGGCUGGUAUAGUGGCUGUGGCUCUGGGAAAGACAAAUAAAGGUAGCGCUACCAUGCAGGCUGCUGCCCUGGGUUCAUCCCUUGGAUUUGCUCUGGUUGGAGGAGCAAUCACUGGUUUCAUAAUGAAACUGCCAUUCUGGGGACAGCCUCCAGACCAGAACUGUUUUGAUGACUCUCUUUACUGGGAGGUUCCUGAGGAGGAGCAUGAGGAGCAUGAGGAUAUGUUGGGUCAAGCCGAUCACUCAAAGAACAAAGCCGAGGCUUGAAAACAAGUGCCCACCACCAACUGCCAAACGAAACAACUGCGAAGGAAAAGAAUUAGACACAGUUGGACCAAUUAAUAAUUUUUCUGUUUCUAAUCAGAAGUGGCAGUAAAUCAUUUACACGGAGAAGAUGCUAACUUAAUUACUUACUGUAGUGCCAUUUUGGUUGGCGGUGCGGGAGGGUGGGGGGUUGGGUGCGGGGGAGAAAGAUGAAAUCAACAGUCAGGGAUUAUUCUUUUACUUAUUUUUUUAAAUACAUGAAUUAACCCAAAACAUCCAAAGGACACAACAGUAGCUCCAUUAGCAGCCCCAUGAAUUUUACAGCUCUUAGAUGUGUUUUGCCUUUAUUUUAUAAUAUUAUAAGCAUGUCUUCUAUGUUUUACAUCAUGUACUUACUCUCUUAUAUUUUAACACAGUUCCUCUAUGUUACCUCACUUGUGCCCAGAUCUUGCUGAAACAGUCAUAAUUCCAAACCAACAGUCCGGCACUGCAGUGGACAGAGACAGUCUGAUGACACUCUAAUAACUCCAGUAACUGUCAUGUCCCUUCAAGUCUCUCAUAACUGAGCAAUGAUUGCAUUUUGAGCUGUUUUAUAAGCUUAAAAGCUGGGCAGCCUUUUUUACAUUAAGUGUAUUCUUACAUUUAUCUACAUUUUAAUCUAAUGAACUGAUGUGAUUAGUUUAUUUAAGCCCUAACAUUUUAAACGAAGACCAUUGGUACAGAAAAGCCUCUAUUUCAACUAUUUUUUUUGUCAUUUCCCUCUGAAUGUGAGUCACUGAUGGAUAGCUUUCUGUGUCAAACAUUUGUCAUAACCACUGGUGUUCAGUAUAACACAGCAUUGAAGCUCUUCUGGUUCAUUGAGGAUCCAGGAGAGUUUAUUUUCAAUGACUGUGUUUGGAUAACAAUCAAAGGUUAAAAUAAAAGAAGGUUUUUGUGAAAAAGCUUGAGCUUGUCAAUGACUUGUGAUGACCAGACCUCACAAACACAUCCAGAUCAUAUAUUUUUAUACAGCAGGUGUACCUAUGGCCUAAUGUGUGUAAUGUACAAAUAAAUGUUUUUGUACAAUA